UUCUCUAAUGGAUUCUCCUGAAAGUCCUAACCAGUCCCCCCAGUCCCUCGGGGAGGACGAGGAGGAGGAGAAGGGCUUCUCUGACUCUGGGCUGCUGGACUCUUCUGAUGAAGAGGAGGACAGGGUCGUCUCAGGCAGCGAGAUCAUCCAUGAUGAGGAGAAUGGAGCGCUGCUUGAGGAGGACGAAGAGCCGGUGGAAAGCCGACGAAGAGGUUUGGAAAUAGAGGAGUUGGACGAGGAGGAUGAGGUGGUGCCCGACUUCAUCUCCGACCCAGAGGAUGAGGGACCUGGAGGGAUGGGACAGGAGGAAGAGACCAUUGUUCUGAUGGAGGGGGAUGAAGAUGGUCCACAGGGGGACCAGUUAGAUGGAGAGGAGGAGAAGGAAGGAGAGGAGGAAGAGGACAGAGUCAUUGACACGCCACAGUCCCCCGACUCCGAGCAGGAACAGAUGAAGGGCUUCACUGAUGACGACAAUGGAGAAGAUGGGGAGGAAGGAUACAGUGACUACAAAAAGGGUGUCCCGGCUCAGCCUGAGACACCUGAGGUAGAUGAGGAGGAGGAGGAUAAAAUCAAGGAAGAGGAGGACGAAAGGAUGAGAGCUGAAGAGGAGGAGAGUAGAAGAGCUGUCGCAGUGAAAGAGACAAAUGUCGAAUCUGCUUCUGUUUCCCGGGAGCUAGACGAGCAUGAACUGGAUUACGAUGAGGAGGUCCCAGAGGAGUCCAACAUCCCUGCACACGAGGAGGAGGAAGACGAGGAAGAUGCAGAAGAGGAGGAGAGUGAGGACAAGAGCACAAAGAAAAAGGAGAAGAAGCCUAUUCUCCCCCCGUCUCCUAAAAACAGUGAAUCCAGGAGAUCAGACGACUUCAGAGGGCCUGACAGGAUGUCCAGAGAUUCCUUCAGAGACAAGAAGAAGGACGAGGAUGACGGAGAGAUUGACGAAGGAGAGAUUGAUGAUGAUGACCUGGAGGAGGGGGAGGUCAAAGAUCCCUCAGACAGGAAGAUCAGGCCACGUCCCAUCUGCAGGUUCUUCAUUAAAGGAAAUUGUACCUGGGGCAUGAACUGUAGGUUCAUCCACCCUGGAGUCAAUGACAAAGGUAACUAUUCCCUCAUCAGUAAACCAGACCUCUUCUCACCUAAUGGAGCGCCCCCUGGUGGACCGCAUCCUCUCAUACCCAAUAACCCCUGGGCCGGGCCUGCUGUGGAGGAGCUCCCUCCACCUCCUCCCCCAGUGGAGCCCCCUGUGGAGAGUGCGUGGGAGAGAGGACUGAGGCACGCCAAAGAGGUGCUGAAGAAGGCCACCAUCCGUAAAGAGCAGGAGCCGGACUUCGAGGAGAAGCGUUUCAACGUGACCAUCGGGGAGGACGAGAGAGAAUUUGACAAAGAGAACGAUUUCUUCAGAGAACGCAGUUACCGCAUCAUCAGAGAUGAAAUGGAAUUCAGAGAUCCGGUAUAUGGUGAACAGUACAACGAUCCGUACUACGACUAUGAGAUGGAGGCGCUGUGGCGAGGCGGCCAGUAUGAAAACUUCAGAGUUCAGUACACAGAGGCUCCACUUCCUUAUCACUACAAUGAGCGUGAGCGCGAGCGAGACCCUCAGGACCGGCACCGGGACCGCGAGAGGGAGAGGGAUCACCGUGAGAGGGAGCGCCGGCAGCGAGAGAGGGAACGGGAGCGGGAGCGAGAGAAGGAGAGAAUGCGGCGGAAAGAAGAGUGGGAGAGGGACCGGAUGAAGCGCGACGAGAAGGAGAGGCCGAGGAUGCGACCUCCUCGAGACGCCAGGGAGAAGAAAGAGGACGACAAACUGAAACCGCGCUCUCCCCUCGGCCUGCCCCCCAACAGGCCGAUGGAGCCGCCCUCAAAGAAGGAGAUUGUUCCAUUAAUGAGGCGACCAGACGAGUGGAAGGACCCGUGGCGUCGGUCCAAAUCCCCCAGGAGACGUCCCGGGUUGGGCUCUCCACCACGAGGCCGCCGGCGACACCGACCCUCGGGCUCCUCCGUCUCUCUGUCAAACUCCUCCAGGUCCUCGUCUCGCUCUUCAUCCUACACAGGCUCAGGGUCGUCUCGUUCCCGCAGCCGCUCCUCCUCGUUCAGCUCCUACUCCAGUCACUCCUCUCAGCGCAGCUCCUUCAGUGGCAGCCGCUCCAGGUCUAGAUCGUUCUCAACGUCUCCCUCACCGAGUCCGACAGCGCUGAGGAAUGCUAAGAAUAAACCAGAACUCUCCCCCAUGUUAGCUAAAGGCAUGCCCCCAAAACCGGGGGCCAUGCCCCCGCCUCGCAGGGACAAGCCUCCCAUGAAGAAAGCUCCCAGUCCUCCCCCGCCCGGUGGGAUGCAGGGCAGGCCUUCCAAACCCAUGCAAGAGGGAGGCAAGGCCCCCACCAAUCCCCGGGAGGCUGGAGGAGCCGGUGGUGACGGGGCUGGCGGCAGUGGAGCAGUUCGUGGCGGACCGGGCGGCAGUGGAGCAGGUCGCGGUGGGGCGGGCAGCGGAGGAGUAGGUCGAGGUGGGGCGGGCGGAGCAGGUCGCGGAGGGGCGGGCGGCGGCGGAGCAGGUCGCGGCGGGGCCGGCGGAGCAGGUCGCGGCGGGGCCGGAGGCGGCGGUGCAGGGCGGCCCUUCCCGCCACGGGAACCCGGAAAACCCCCCAACCCCAGGGAAGGAAGGAGGAAAGAAAGGCAGCAGCGUCCUCCUCGGAGGUAG